AUGGCAUUCAUAAAUAGUUACGUGACCAUGGACAAGAUUAUGGAGCAUAUUGAGGCAGAUUCAGACUCAGAAAGUGAUGUUAGCGUUGGGGAUAAUACGCUAUCAAGCAACAAGGGAAAAAUUGAUGAUUUUAGAACGUCAGGCAAGGAUGACCCUUGCACUAGAGAUUCAGUAUUGAAUUAUGAUGAAGAUUUUAUCUUAUCACGGUAAGCACUCUUUUACUUUUGACACUGUAAUUUUAUAACUCCAAAAUAUCUGAUAUAAAGUGAGUUUGAUUACCCAUGCCCUGUGGACAGAUUUUCCAAUAUUUCCAAGAGGAAUGAUGGGUGGAAAUUGUUUUUUAGAGUUCAUCUUCUAGCACCAACUUGAGUGAAAAGGAGACUGACUCUGAUGAAGAUUUUCAAUUAGAAACAGACAAAGAAAGUGAAACAGGUAAUCACACAGAUUGUACAGGGUCUAAUACACCUAGCUCGAGCUCUCCUGGUGGUUGUGCUGGUUCUUGCAGGGCUCGUGGCAGUUCUUGA